UUAUGUGUAAACCUUGGCUUCCCUUUACAAAAUUUGCUAGAAUAAAACCUUAACACGACCUGACUUAACUAGCAAAUUCUUUAGUUUGACUAUUAAAAUUCCUUCUUUAAUGGCAAAAACCUUUUAGGGAAAGCAAAGAAACUAAAUAAUAUAAUUUAAAGUUACAUGUUUUGAAAAAUAAAUGAACAGAAAACAGAAAACUUAACAGCUUUUUUGAUUGGAUUUUAUCCAAUAUACAAAAAUAUUUAAAAUUAUGAAAAACAAAAAAUCACAUUGGCUUUGUGAUUUACCCCAAGAAAAUCAAUCACUCUCCAUAACUUCCCAACGAAAAUCACAACUCAACAAUAUAUAUUAUAUAAUAUCAUCCUACAAAGCCCCCGAAAUGGACUGUGAUAGCUCAACCUUAGAGGACCAACGAGAGCGUAUGGAUAAUGCCAUUUUGACCGCCAUGGAGGAUCUGGAUCGGGAUUAUCUACGCAAGCUGCAGAUCGAGAUGCAUGCCUGUGCCUCUGCUUGUUGUGCGGAUGUGGAUGCUAAUGCAGAGGCGGUAGAGCGCUGUGUGGACCGCUGCCAGAUCCGCUUGACUCGUGCCCGCUGCUUCGUCCAGCAGGGCAUGUCCGACUUUGAGAACAAGCUGGAGAAGUGCAUUCAACAGUGUCGAGUCCAUGGAUCUGAUUAUCAUUUGGAGCGCUGUACCAACAACUGUGUGGACAGUCAUGUGGGAUUGCUGCCAGAAAUGCUUAGAGCUAUGCGUGAUACCCUAGAAAAGGGAGUUUAGGAGGGGCUACUAUGGGGUGCCUAGUAAAACAGAGAAGUCUUUCCUAAGCUUUUAUGAAUUUUUGUGGUUAAAAUUUAAUAAAAUUUCAACACAAAAUGUAAACUGAUUGAAGAUUUGCCAUCUUUAAAAUCAAUUUCCCAUAUUAGCAACCUAAUCCGAAGUCCUAAAACCCAAUUAAAUGCCAAUUAAUUCCUAAACAGCUUAUCUAUUAAUGACAAACGGCAAUUAGGGCCGCCUAACACCGGUCGCUAAACGGUCUGGGAAAUGCUUAUUGAUUUGUUUACUAAUCUAAUCGAUUAUGCUGCAAUUUUUGGUGACCCAAAAACAUGCUUUUUAUAAAGCAAUUACCAGCCCCAUCAGCUCCGAAAAAAAUGAAUCAGCCAUACUGAUAGAAGGCAAUACAAAUUAUUCAUAGCAAACAUGUCCGUACAGGCUAGGCUGUGUGAUUUAUUCAGAAACAUACGGCCAAACGUGCCGCAUGUAAAUGCUCCCAAUUGAUACGACAAUAGCAAUAAUCUCUUCGACACGGACAAUGUGGCACACUUUCAGGCUAAGGAGCAGCAACAAAGUUUGGGCCUCAAAUGAGGCCCCCACAAUUGCCGUCGAAGAACCCAGAAAACGCUACACAAGGAACCAAGGAGGUCUGUCUGUUUCAAAUUGGAUCAAAACAAGAGAAAGAAAGAAGAAAGUUCACAAUAUUAGUAGGAAAAAACCAUCUACGAGCUGUCCAUCAAAUGGAACUCUGUAAUCACAGCCAAUUGAAAUAGUUUCGAAGGGAAAUUGACCUGCAUUGCUGACCAUCUGCUAGGGCAUGGCAUAGGCCGAAAAGUUUGCCAAUCGAUAGGUUAAUAAUGCUAUUUGGAUAAUUAUCGAUAAUAUGAAUAUGUUAUCAUAUAUUUUGAUGAGGUAAAGUAUGUGAUUUAUAAAUGAAAUUUAAACAAAUGCU